CUCAGGGCCUCAGGCAGCCCGCAGCCGGUCAGUCCUUCCUUUUCCUGUUCGCGUCCACGAUCCUGCCGCCGCCGCCGCUCGCACCUCCACGAUCCUGCCCAGCGCCGUGCGCCUCCACCCCCGCCCCGUCCGCCGCCCGCCUGGUCCAUCCCCGUCCCGUCUGGCCGGCGUUGCCACCCCGGGUCCCGCGCGCGUGGAGCCCCGGCCUCUACCAGCCGCACGUCGCAACCGACGAGGACGCGCGCGCCUGCAGCUCCUGCCCGGUCCCGGCUGGCCGGCCGCCGGCACUCCGGCUGCCCCUCAGCGGCUCAGCCCCUGAGCUUGUCUGCUUGAAUGCUUCAGUGCGGGUGCAGCACAGCGGCAGUGCCCCCUGUCAGUGCCAGCCGCCUUAGCUACUGCUUACUACGUUGCAUUUUUUUUCCUGUUUUGUGGACUGUGGUAAUUGGUAAGGCACUACAUUACUUCAAUUCACAUGUCACGUAUAUGCGUAUAUGUUAAGAAAAGAAUAUUCUCUGCAAUGAUCUUUGUGAAGAAUCAUUAGAGGAAUCUUACGGAUGAUAGUUUAUUGAAUGAUUGUUUGGUUACUUUUAUUGAGCAUGCUAUUUUCUCCAAUGUAAGUGAAGAUGACAUAAUUCACCUCUUCAUGGCCAUAAAGAAGCGUAAAUCAAAAGCCUUAGAGUGUUAGGCUAGUAUUUUUCUAGUAUUUAAUAUUUAUAUAAGAUCUUAUCUACUUUACAGAAAAAAACCUCCUUAGGCCAUGUUCGUUUGAUCCCAAAACCAUAGGGAUUAAGGUGGAUUGGAAGGGAUUGAAAAAGAUUUUGACUUAUAGGGGAUUUGAUCCCCCUCAAUCCCUAUGGAUCAGCACAAAACGAACAGAGCCUUAUGGAGACCAGAAACAGGUGUACAAAUAUAGAUCCAUAAGGGGAUAAAAAAACAUACUACUCAAACUUCCUAAGUCUCUAUCACGGGUGCAGCCAAAUGAACAAGGCCUUUUGCACCAGCUACUUCCCAUUUUCUUCUUUCCUCAUUCGCAGCUCUGAGACUUAAGGACAAACUUGGAUUGCAGCCAUAAAAAAUGCAUUUAUUUCGGUGAUUACAUAAAGUCCAAGCUCCCAAAAUUAUGAGAGAGUUAAGGCCUUUUUUUGUGAGUCCAAUAACUGCUCCCCCCACCACUUCCCACCAUCCCAGGAAGGAGUUUGCAGUCGGCUGUGGUGCAAGUGAAUGAAGACCAAAUUUCCUAAGUAAAAGGUACCAGAAUUCUCGUGAGAAGGAACAUUGUACAAGGAGGUGGUCUGUAGUUUCUUCCUCUUGAUCACAUAGGAGACACCUAUCUGGAUGAUUUAGGCCUCGCUUUGCCAAUCUAUCAGCUGUCCAGCAUCUCUUAUGAGCAACCAACCAAAGGAAGAAGCGACAUUUUGGCAAUGCCCAAGACUUCUAGAUUCUUUUAUAGUGUCCAAAUGUCACAGAUCCCAGGAACAGACCUUCAUAUGCUGAUUUGGCUGAGUAUACACCAUUCGGGGCAAUACUGAAGAUAUGCCUGUCUUCAACCUCCGGCUGCAGCUCGAUGCCAGAAAUCAAUUCCCAAAGCUGAAUGUAAUCUGUCAAAACCCCCACUGACAAGGCUCCUCUGAUGUCAGAAAUCCAUUUGGCACUAACAAUUGCUUCCUGGACUGUCCUACAAUUAAUUAGCCGCUUCGGAAUUGCGCCGAUCAGCCUUGGAAACAAAUCUGCAAUUCUUUUUCCAUUCAGCCAUUUAUCCUUCCAGAAUUUGGUAUUGAUUCUGUUCCCCACUUCAGUGGUCACUACUUCAGAAAAGAAGGCUCUAGCCUUUUUUGGGACUUGUAUUUGAAGAUCAGACCAGGGGCGAGAGUGAUCAGUCUUUUAUAACCAAAGCCACCUUAGUCGAAGUGCCCAACAUAAUUCUGGAAGACUAGAAAUACCAAGCCCACCAAGCUUUUAGGGGGCGGCAAACUUUUCCCCAGGCAACAAGACAAUGACCACCUUUAGCUUCUUUGCGGCCUCUCCAUAGAAAACCUCUUCUAAUUUUAUCAAUAGCAUCCAAACCCCACUGUGGGAUAUCUACUGUCUCUUCUGCUUAAUAUAUAAUGGGGCGCAGUUCUCCUGCGCGUCUCGAGAAAAAAGAUCUUAUCUACUUUGAAUGUUUAUGUUGUAAGCUAUGUAAUAUAAUUUGACUAAUUGAAUGCAAUAUGAGACAUUUUGAGUAUUUCCCGUCCAUAUAUCGAAUUGAUGAAAAUUAUAUAUGUGCGCUAUUGAAUUAUACAUGGUAUUGCAUGUCAUUUUUUUAAUCCUCGACUACCCUAGAUUCAAGUCCUGGGUCCGCCACUGAUAGUGGCCCUAGCCUCUAGGCGUCAAAACUGACCGGCGACACCACUGGUUGAGGGCAUUUGCCGUGGGAACAAAGGACUGUGUAUCGAGCAGGCAUACCCUGUUAAAAAUCCUGGUUCCACUACUAGUCAGGCCAUGGCUGCAGCAGAGGCAUGGGUGCGGCAGGAGAAAGUUAGGAAGUUUGAGGAGUUCGUGGACCAGCGGUUGAAACCCGACCUCACCAAUGCCAUCGCACAGCGUAACAAGGUGUUUGAGCAGCAGAAGACCUUCUUGGAUUUGAAGAGGAACAUUGAAAAUUUGGAGAGGAAUGGUGUUACCAGCAUGCGGUCCAUGGUCAAUCUUGGCUCAGAGGUGUACAUGCAAGCAGAAGUACCAGAUACAAGGCAUAUUUUUGUGGAUAUCGGUCUAGGUUUUCAUGUGGAAUUUACUUGGCAAGAAGCUUUACAGUUCAUAUCUGUAAGAGAGGCAAGGUUGACUAGGCAAAUAGACGAAUACACGCAUCUCAUCGCAAGCAUAAAAGCACAGAUCAAGUUGGUAUGUGAAGGUAUCCGCGAAGUGCUGCAGCUGCCUGCGGAGAAAGAGUUAUCGCCCAGGAAUACGUGGUAGAAUUUGGUUCUCAAUGGAGCAGGGGGUGGUGUUCUUUAAACGUGGUUCCGUUUCAACUCUUGCAGUUGAAAUUAUUGUGGUGCCGACAGUAUUUUAGAGCAGAGAAUGAGGUUCCCCUUCGUACAACAAUCUCUUCGACGACACCACGUACAACUCAUACUGAUUUCUAUGUAUUCAUUACGUUGGCAUAUGGCCUUGCCGAUUUGCAGUUUAUUUGAGCCUCUUUUCCAA